CUCCCUUGUGUGCGCACCUAGUGCGCACCGCUGUACAAGUCCCUCUCCGUCAAAUACAACCAGACUGGCAGCCGACCCCUCCCUUGUGAUCCGUCGGUGGUAAUUCAAGAACCCAUCACAGCCGAUCAGAGCCACCUCUGCUCCCUAUAGUCGUAGCGUCGAGGAAAUACUCUAAAUAUAUAUAUUAGUAUAUUAUACUGUCAGAGAGAACCGUGUCGGGAGACAGAUCGCCUCUCUGUCAGAUCUCAUGGCUCCUUUUCUGCUCCUGUUGAUCCUCCUGUCUGGAGCAGCUUCUGGCCUGAUUGUGGUAACAGUGCACCCUGGAGAUGAUGUCAUUCUGCCAUGUCAGGCUGCUGGUUCCUCCAUCAGAGUCUUGGAGUGGACCAGACCUGACCUGAAGCCAGAUAUCGUCCUCUUAUACAGAGGUGGACACUUGACUCCAGAAGAACAGAAUCCAUCCUUUAAGGACAGGGUGGAGCUGGUGGACAGAGAUCUGAAGGACGGAGACGUGUCUUUAACUCUGAAGAAUGUGAGCAGACACGAUGCUGGAACAUACGAGUGUCGAGUUAAACCAGCUGAUACUAACCAAAUCACACUCAUCAGCACCAUCCGUCUGCUGGUUCCAGACCUGGUUGUGGUACCAGUGCCUGGAGAUGAUGUCACUCUGCCAUGUCAGGCUGCUGGUUCCUCCAUCAGAGCUGUAGAGUGGACCAGACCUGACCUGGAACCAGAGUACGUCCUCUUAUACAGAGAUGGACACCUGGAGACAGACCACCAGCAUCCAUCCUUUAAGGACAGGGUGGAGCUGGUGGACAGAGAUCUGAAGGACGGAGACGUGUCUUUAAUUCUGAAGAAUGUGAACAGCAUCGACAACGGGACAUACGAGUGUCGAGUUAAACCAGCUGGUUCAAGACGGGAAAGAAGAGCCAUCAUUGACUCUGAGCCAAUCAGAAUCAUCCGUCUGCAGGUUCCAGAGCCAGCAGGUCCAAACAGUGGACGCCCCGAGGAUGGAAACCCAAAGAAUGAUGUCCCUGAGGACAGAAACUCCUCUCCUGUAGUCCUCAUCGUUGGACUGGUAGCAGGUGGACUGGUUCUUGUAGCUGCUGCAGUGGGUGGUGGCCUGAUGUAUAAAAGACGUGAGGACAACAGAUCAGGACAACCUGCUGCUGCUGCUGAUGAUGAUGAUGAUGAUGAAGCAUUGGGCGAUGCACUCGUCUGACAUCUCCCAGAGGUUUUUCCACCUGACUGCUUUUCUCAUGUGUUGUAAAUAUUCAACCCUUUCUACUUUCUUUGUGUUUGCACAGCUUCUGUUUGUUUUUUCUCAACCAAUCUCUUCCCUCCAUGAAAAACAUACUUUUUUUUUCAAGUAAAAGUUUUGUUACUUUUAAAGACAAUAAUAAUAUUCUUUAGUUGUAAAUAUCAGCAGACGGAGCACCCCCCACAUAUCUUCUAAUCAGGUGUAGAGAGAUCUUCAACAUGUCUUCUGUUUGGGUGUUUUGGUAAUAAUACAUUUUAUAUGGAGGGGAUUUUAAAUGAUUGUUUUCUGCUCGGCCAUAUAAAGCCUCAGGGUGCCUUCUAAGAAUAAUAUAUUUCCAGCUAAUGAUAUAAUAUGCACUUACAUUGAAUGGUUUAAACUGAGGAGUUGAUAACAUUGUGAAUAUUGUUGUUAUUGUAAUUAUAAAAUCAUCUGAUGCAGCUCAGAAUAUCUCAGGGGAACAUAGAGGACGAGUCAGUCUCUAAAUAAGACCUUACACUGGAUUUAUUAUCUAUGAAAAUAGAUUUACAUGAUGUUUGCUAAAGGAAAUGUUAUGAAAUGUGAACUAUACCAAAGUGAUGAUCUUUGAAAUCAGUUGAUAAUUAUUUAAUAUGAAUCAAUGGAUGUAAUAAUAAUGAUCAGAGACAUGAUGGAAGUUGAUAACUCAGUUUUAAUUUUCAGAAACCUUAAUGCACUUUAAACUCUUCAAUCUUAUUCUGGUAAAUACUUUAUUUUUCUACAUUUGUAUUAACUUUUAUAUAUUCAUUGUUGUGUGUUUUAUAAAUUAAAUAUCCAACCUCAUAUUGUGUGUGUUAUAUUAAUAUAUUAACAUGUUAACUGUGUAGAGGAGGAUCAGAGCCUGGGGGGAGGAUGUGAUCCUGAGAGACUAAGACCUGAAUCUGAUGGAGGGUCUCUGGUCUCAGCUGAAGACACCUUUGUCCAACAUGUGGUGUCGGGCAUUAAGUGCGGCACGCUGCUUGUCUAUGACAGCAGAAACACGGGGACUUUGCUGAUGAACAGACACAUGAAGCAGGCUCGCCGUGGCAGAACAGAUGAUAGUCAGACUUCAACCUCCUCUUUUGUUACUUCUCCAAGCGUACCCCUGAGGGCGAGGCAAGCCUAAGAGGUCAAUAAACUAAUUUUGGCGCACUUUGUACGUGAUCUCUGCUGCCUGCACGAUCCAAUAUGCACAUUAAAUGCGUAGUAAAAAGAAGCUGUAUACAUAUAAUAAAAAUGGUUAUCUACAGUGUGA